AUGGAGGAGGACGACGUGGACGAUAUCGAGGACGACGAACCGUCGACGCCGCCCUCGCCCAGCGAUCAGAGGGACGUCCGUAUCAUGUUCCACGGUCGCGAGAUCUUUGCAGAAGACCUAAUAGGCCUCCGUGUCGCUAAGACUUUCGCUGGGCACGGGCGAUUUCUAGGCCAGGUGGUCAAAUUUGACAAGAGAGUGUCGCUGUAUACAGUCGUAUACGCCGACGGCGACGCAGAAGACCUGACAGUGGACGGCACACUGCAGAUCUUGAUCCAGGACGAGAUCGAACGUGCAGAUCCGGCGCAACCGCCGCCGUCCAUCUCUCUGCUGCUAAUGAAGGGCGAGGAUGGAGCAACCCCCGCUAGUCCGGACACUGGGGACUUCAUGAUGGCUCCUUUCCCCGCAGCUGCACCACGUCGCACACUUAUCCAAGUGAGCGAACGGGAGGCGCAGUUCGUCAUCAGUUUGUUUGAGAACCACGCACUCCCCACACUGGUACGUCAAGGUUGGCGUGUACAGACAAACUCUGGACGGGGCGAGACACGCUUCAUUUCUCCUAGUGGAGAGAUCUUCCCGUCACCUUUGGAUGUUGUGGGGCAUAUUGCGACGGACAACGAGCUCCUGACCGCGUGCUUCCCUGCUAAUGUCCACUCCGCUAUCUUAUCUCUACUGCCUCGGGAAGCCGCACCUAGUUCAGCGGGGUUUAACGAUACAGGUAGUAACCACAGCAGUACCGGAAGUGCAUCCAGGAAACGAGCAGCCUCCGACUCUCCCCAGUUUGAUGGGAAACGUACACGACAGACCCGUGAUGAUUCAUUCGGAGGGACUGCAAUCCCCAUACAUGGACGGAUGAGACGAAGUGCAGACACUGCACAAUACCGACCUGAAGAUCUGGAUCGUCGUGCUGAAGCCGCCAGUCGACUCGCUGCUUAUCGCGGCCAGGGAAUGGGAGGACGCAUUCGAAUUUCUGGAGAUCGGUUUGUUGGUGGUGAGACAACAAGUGAAGCGCGUAUUCAAGCCCCUCCUGAGUUACGAGGAUACCGACGCCCUUCGAGCCGAGACCCAACCAUGGAGAACUCGUACUCUUAUCGUUGGUCGGGUCCUGAUCGUGUGGAGUCUGCGGAGUAUGCUCGUCGCUUUGCCGAUUCGCCGGGUUGGCGCGAACGAGGUGAUGCGUUCGUGUCGGAUCGCCAGCUGGAAGCUCACCCUCGCAAUCGAAUUCGAGCUGAAGGACGCUACAUGCAUCGAUUAAGUGCACGGAACCUGGACGUGGCGGAAGGUGCUGCAGCUUCAGGGACGCCUACAAGUUAUUAUCGGGACUCGACGGGGUCUUCACCCGGCGGCCAAGCCAGCCCCGCGACGAACGGUCUCGCAUAUCCUCAAUACCCUGUCAUGCGAGCAAGAACUGGUGUGUCUCGCAUUCAACGCGAAACUGCGAGCUUCAUGUCUCCUAGUGAUACUCUAGGUACAAGCGCAGCAUUCUCAAUGGUGGACGUCGACCGCAUCUCCACGUCGCGACCUGGCAGUGCUCAUUCUGAACAACCGCGUGGCCGCUCUCCGCGACAAAGUGAAGCCCAGCAAGCGUAUCUUCAGCACCAUCGUCAUACGAACAGCGACCAAAGCUACCAACUUCAGCGGAAUGGAAGCCACUACGGUGCAGAGCCGACUAGUGAGGCUCAGAAGGAGCAGAGUAGCUCGAAUACGACCGGUACGGCCAGUACUGCCAGUCAACAGCCACAUGAGUAG